AUGCCCGUCAGCGACCUGCGCCUGCUCGCCCUCGACGGCGGCGGCGUGCGCGGCCUGUCUGCCCUUAUGAUCCUCGAGCAGCUGAUAGAGGCCGUCGACUCUGACGCGCCGCUGAAGCUGUGCGACUACUUUGACAUGAUCAGCGGGACGAGCACGGGCAGGUGA